UACUAACUGAAGGACACCUGAAAAAGUUAAAAAGUAUGUCACCAUAAAAACAUCGAUAUACACUCUGCCAGAUUGCUGACCAGUCAGUCAAGAAAUUAGUUGGAGAGCCACAGGAGUCUUCUAUCAUAACUUGUUACGAUGUCCAAGUUUGUGCUGCUUGCUGUGGCCAUGGUACUACAAGUGUACCUGACCAUGGCAGAAGAUCCAUCUGAAACCCAAGGAAUUCUAGAAAGGGCCAAAGAGACAUACGGUGAACUGAGGACUAAGGUUGUGGAUGUUGGCAGUACGGCAUAUGAUUUAAUUCAAAUGUACUAUGAAGAGCAGGUGAAGCCCGUGACCGACCCAUACGUUGAGUGGGCUAAGGAGAAAGCAAGCUCUGUUUGGGAGAGAAUCAAGAAUCAAAUGUCCGCUGAUGAGUCGAAGGGACAAAAGUAAAGGGACAAAAUAUCUGCAACACAGCAAGAAUAAAUAAUACCUUAUGGAUAUGUGUAAUCAAUGGUUUGUUCCAUACUGUGUGAAGUAAAAACGCAAGCUGCAAGCACAUAGCUAAUUCAUUAGCCAUGAAUAAUGAAAUGAGAUCUUCUAUUCAAAUAAAAUAUGCAUUUGUACAUCUUAUGUUUUACCUUUGUGCUGUAAUGUCACCACCUUUUUCUGCAGUAUGAUGCAAAUAAAAAAGUUAGCUCAAUGGAA